GGUUUGGACCCUGCAGGCCCAGGGUUUGGCGGGAAACGGGUGAGGAACUUCUGUCGUCUGGACAAAUCCGAUGCAACUUUUGUUGACGUCAUACACACUGACGGUGAACUGAUCGCAAUGGGAGGACUUGGGCUCACGGAUGAGCUUGGCCACCAAGAUUUCUAUCCCAACGGGGGGAUGGACAUGCCCAAUUGCUACUUCAGCAUCAUCUGCGACCAUAUGAAAGCCAUUGCAUACUACACCGAGAGCAUCUCCAAGCGUACCCCAUGCCGCUUCAGGCCCACCACGUGGGCACCUAAAUGGGACAACUACAAGAAGGGAAUACAAACUCGGGACUGUCGGAAUAUGGCUUGCCCCGAUAUGGGGUACACUGCAUCAAGCUUCCAACCCUUGGUGACAGAGCAUUCACAACUCCUGCCUCAAAACUAUGGAAUAAUCUACCCAGAUUUCUUCGCAACCAGCAGUCUCUAA